AUGGGAAUUGAAACAUCAGCUCAAGCAAGGAAAUGGAAGGUAGAGGAUCUCAUUGAUAAGGACAACAACAUUUGGAAAGGCUCUGUGAUUCGACAACGUUUCGAGUGGAGGGAUGCAAAGGAUAUAUUAGCAAUGGACCUUCCCAGAUGCCCAACCUCUGAUUUUGUUUAUUGGAAACAUAACUCUAAGGGGAAAUAUACGGUUAAAUCGGGCUAUGAGGUGCUCUUGGAAAGGAGGUCUAUGGGGGAAGACAAAAUGGAGGAGGGAGCUUUGGAAUCCCUUAAAAUUAUUUGGAGAAGCAAUAUCCUCCCCAAAUGGAAAGUCUUUAUAUGGAGGAUAACGUAUGAUGCUUUAGCUGUUAACUAUAACCUGAAAAGGAGAGGAAUUGAUAUCGACAGUCAAUGUGACUAUUGUGGCUUUGAGGAAGAGGAUUCCCACCAUAUUUUUCGAACUUGUAGUGUGGCCAGGCUAGCUUGGACGCUAUAUCAACCACAAGUUCAAACAGAUGAUGAUGAGCCCAUGAGUGUUGUAAAAUGGGUUCAGAGAAAUAUCCGGUUGUUUUAUAGCAAGGAUGAAGUGGAUAACAAGAAACUAGAAGAAUUCGUGAUCAUGCUUUGGAGUUUGUGGGUCACGAGAAAUGGAAGAGUGUUUAGAAAUAUUGGGGGUCAUGUGGCGUCAGUUUUGUUUCAAGCGAAGGAAGCGAUGAAAUGUUUGCAAACAUUUAAGAAUAGGUCACUUGUGGAAGCUGAGGAUAAGGAUCCUAGCUGCCCUCCAGGCUUUCAUUUUGUAAACUUGGGGGAGAACAAACACCUUUAUACUAACUUUGUUCUGCAGGUUGAUGGUUCGUGGGAAAAGGAAACCAAGCGGGCUGGGUGGGGUUGGGCUUACAAGGACGGGAGAAACAGGAACAACGUUGGUGUAGCGCACAACAUCGCAAACAAAUGCAGAAAAGAAGGUCUCAUGUUUAGUAAUAGAAUAUAA